AUCAUUUUAGGGGCAUUUUCUCCAUCAAGAGAUCCAGCCAUGGGCAAGGUCGCGUCGCCUUCUCCUGUUUUGGGAGAGCACAUCUCCGGUCAAUCCAACAAACCUCUAUCUAAUCCGCCACAUACCUUGACAAGCCAGCAAACCGUUGAUGAAUUGCGGAGCGAUGCCGUUAAGGGCCUUGAUCCUGAGGAUGUACCCCGACUCUUGGCCGAAUUUGGGCCCAACGAGCUGGAACAGAAUAAGGGCGUUCAACCAGUGAAAAUCUUCUUAGAGCAGAUCUUCAAUGCGAUGACAUUAGUUCUUCUCAUGGCUUUGGGUGCUAGCUUUGGCAUUCAGGCCUGGAUCGAGGGUGGCAUUUUAGCCGGCAUCAUCGUCCUCAAUAUCUUCAUUGGAUUCUUUCAGAGUCUUCAGGCUGAGCAAACAAUCGACUCUCUACGGACCCUUGGCUCACCGACUUGCGAGGUAUUUCGCGGUGGAAAGACCGUCACCGUCCAGACUGCCGAUGUUGUCCCUGGAGACAUUGUAGACCUCGCUACAGGUGAUUCUGUUCCCGCGGACAUUCGGAUCAUCGAAGCCAUCAAUCUGGAAGCGGACGAAGCAUUGCUCACUGGAGAAUCGGCGCCCGUCUUGAAAAUCCCAAAGCUGACUUUCGACAUCGACACCGGCCCAGGCGAUCGCUUGAAUGUGGUGUACAGCUCAACGAUCAUUACCAAGGGACGCGGUCGUGGCAUUGUCUUCGCCACUGGCAUGUUUACUGAAAUUGGCCUCAUCGCUAGCGCCCUAAGUGUUGGAGACGAUAUUAAAACAUACAGAGAGGAUGAGCCCAGCUCAACCUGGGGAUCCAUUCGCGCUGCCCUCAAGCCAAUCUCCGAUUGGAUAGGCGAGUUUCUUGGCCUUACGGUGGGAACGCCUCUGCAGCGGAAGCUGUCCCAGCUGUUCCUCUGGCUAUUUCUUUUCGCCAUUGUUUGCGCUAUCAUCGUUUUGGGCGCGAACAACUUCAAAGCAAGAGAGGAUGUCAUCAUAUACGCCAUCACUACUGCCAUCGGCACGAUACCUGUGUCUCUCUUGCUUGUUCUUACCUUGACCAUGGCAGCCGGAACGAAGAAGAUGGUUGAGCGCCAUGUGAUCGUCCGGAACCUUUCCAGUCUGGAGGCCUUGGGAGGUGUGACCAACAUCUGUUCCGAUAAGACGGGCACCAUCACUCAGGGGCGAAUGGUGGUGCGAAAGGCUUGGCUCCCUGGCUGUGGAACGUACUCGGUCGACUCGACGAGCGACGUGUACAACCCUACGGCCGGAGAAGUUCGAUUUAUUGGCUCCCAGCCCAAGGACAUCGUCGAUUCAACCCAGGAGAAGCAGGGUCAGGCCCACUUGAUCGCCCCCCUCGACGAGCCGACCUCCAAUAUCGGUCUGCAAUGGUACCUCAAUGUUGCGUCGUUAGCGAACCUCGCAGUCAUCGAACAGAGCGACGAUAGCUCCGCAAACCCAGGAGAGUGGAGAGCCAAGGGUGCGCCAACUGAGAUUGCCAUUGAAGUUUUCGCCUCUCGGUUUGGAUGGAACCGUAUUCAGUUGUCGCAGACAGCUGGAGCUCAAUGGAAACACCUAGCCGAGUUUCCCUUCGACUCGGAUGUCAAAAAGAUGACUGUGCUCUUCCAGAAUACCGCUUCGAAUGAGACACAUGUUUUCACAAAGGGCGCCGUAGAACGAGUUCUCUCGUCUUGCAACUCAAUCGCGAUGAAUGACAGCAUUGAACCACUUACCUCAGCCAUCAGCCGCGAUAUUCUCUCAAAUAUGGAGGCUCUGGCCAGUCAAGGCCUCCGCGUCCUCGCCCUUGCACACAAAGUCAACGAGCGUGUUGUCCCCGAGACCGAAUUCGCCGGCGACAUGACACCUAAUCGCGUAGGCUUCGAGCAGAACCUCGUUUUCCGUGGCCUGAUCGGCAUCUAUGAUCCUCCACGCCCCGAGUCUCUCCCUAGCGUUCGCGCGUGCCAGGGCGCCGGCAUUGUCGUGCAUAUGCUCACCGGCGACCACCCGGAAACCGCUCGCGCCAUCGCCGUCGAUGUUGGAAUCCUUCCGUCUCCUGAAAAGGCUCGACUUCUCCCGGCCGAUGUGGCAGAAACAAUGAUGAUGGCGGCGCACGACUUCGACGCCCUCACUGAAUCCCAGAUUGACGACUUGCCCGAACUCCCCCUAGUUGUUGCGCGCUGCGCGCCCAGCACAAAGGUGCGCAUGAUAGAGGCGCUUCAUCGGCGCCGGCGCUUCGUCGCCAUGACGGGCGACGGCGUCAAUGAUAGUCCGAGUUUGAAGCGAGCCGAUGUAGGUAUUGCUAUGGGUACAGGUUCGGACGUUGCCAAAGAGUCCUCGGAUAUCAUUCUGACCGACGACAACUUUGCGUCAAUCCUCAACGCCAUCGAGGAAGGCCGGCGCAUCUUUGACAAUAUCCAAAAGUUCAUCUUGCACGUCUUGGCGGCCAACAUCGGCUUCGUCAUUACGCUGCUUGCCGGCCUCGCUUUCAAGGACAGCAGCGGUGUCUCUGUUUUCCAACUUACCCCAGUUGAGAUUCUUUGGAUGCUACUUGGAACUGGAGCUUUCUGUGAGACCGGGCUCGGUUUUGAGAAGGCAGUUCCGGAUAUCCUUAAUCGGCCACCUCAAGAUCUUAAUUACGGCGUGUUUACUCCUGAAUUCCUACUUGAUAUGGUCGUCUACGGGACUUUCAUGGCUGGAUGCGUCCUCGGAUCCUUCACCCUCGUCAUCUUUGGAUUCAACAAUGGCGACCUCGGCACCAACUGCAAUCUCGAAUAUUCUCCAUCUUGCGAACCCGUCUUUAGGGCGCGAGCGACCUGCUAUUCGACGAUGACGUGGAUUUUUCUCCUUUUCGCCUGGGGCCUGAUCGAUUUCCGCCGCUCGUUCUUCGACAUGCCCAACGGCUUCAAGGCUUGGGCCAUGCAUCUGUGGGGAAAUAGGUUUCUGUUCUUCGCAGUGACGUUGGUAUUCUUUACUGUGUUCGCGACGCUGUAUAUCCCCGUCUUGAAUCAUGUUGUAUUUAUGCACACGGGCAUCAGCUGGGAAUGGGCAAUCGUCUUCAUUGACGUUACGGUAUUCAUGGUGUUAUCGGAGGCUUGGAAGUGGGCGAAGAGGAUAUAUUUCCGGCGGAAAGCAUUCCAAAACAGACAUCAUGAGGGGGAGUAUUCAUGAAAAUGACCUGCUUGAGGAACAGCCCGGUCUACGGUGCUAGGUAAAUCCCGAGGGUAAUCUUUGCCUCAAGACACAAAGGCACCGUAUCAAUACCAGCCUUCAUAUGGGACACUCAGAAUGCUAAAGAUACCGCAUCGAC